AUGAAUAAAUUACCAGAUGAAUGUUUUCUAAAUAUAAUCGAACAAUUAAUAAAAUCAUAUCAAGAUGCUCUUAACCAAUGUUGUCACACCAGGCGUACUAGCAACAGAAGCAGUAACAACGACAAGAAUGAAGCAAUUUCAAAUAUAUUGUUUUCAUGUAUUUUAGUUAAUCGAUAUUGGUGUCGUAAUGUUCUACCGAUUUUGUGGAGUAAGCCUUUUAGAUUCCUACAUAAGCCUUUACCGGGUUUAAUUCAAGUACUUGAAAAAUUAAGUUUAUUUAGAACAAAAUUUUUAACCGAUACGUUCAAAACAAUUAUUACAGCAUCACAAGAAACACUCAAAGAGUUGCAAUUAUGUGGAACGAUAAGUGAUCUAGAUAAGAAUCGCACCGAAGAGAACAGAUCAAGAUUAUUUGAUGGUAUAAGUAAAUGUGUUAAAUUGGAAUAUUUAGAAUUACAAGCUUUUAAAAUGUAUCUGGGAACUUCUGAAGAAAUUUUACAAAAUUUAGCUAAAGUGCUGCCUAAAUCGUUGAAUCAUUUGGAGAUUGAUUUUCAUUGUUCAUCUGAUGAAUUAAAAUCUUUUUUUAAUAAUUCUGAUUUGUUAUUAAAAACGAUUGCUUUGCGUAUAGGAAAUACAGGGUUGUUGGAUGUGAGGGAUAUAUAUAUUGAUGAUAGUCAUUUAAUAGAAAUUAUGGAAUACAAAAAACUUAAAAAAUCAUUGGAAUUGCUAAUAUUAGCUGGAAAAUAUAUUAAAAUUAGUGAAGCAAUGGAAAAAGAUGCAAAAAAUUAUUUUAGCAUUAAUAAAAUUGUAAAAUAUACAAAAACUUUGGAAGUUUGGGAUUAA